AUAUAAUUUAAAUAAACUUCAAAUGUCAGACGAUGAAGUAGACCCGGAUGUAGAAGGUGAAGAGGACGAAGAAGGUGGUGAAUCAGAAAAAGAAGAAGAGGAAGUAAAAGAGCCUCCCAAGAUUCCUACUUAUGUGCCUAAAAUAGACCCUCUCACUCAAGUUAUGAAUAUUAAUAGGAACCUGGACAUGCUUAAUUCUGAAGUUAAUGUCAUUUCUUCCGAGUUCAUGGUCAUGUCUUCUGCAAUGGGUGGUAGACCUAAAUUUUAUAAUGUUAACUCAGGAAAUCAAUAUAGUAGUACUAAUUAUAACUAUGUAAAGAGUCCGUAUACGAGUCCUGUAAGACACAAUGCAGGAACCGCUACUUAUUGGAAUAAUCCAAACCAUAUUACUCUAUCUCCUUCAAAAUAUCAUCCUCCUGGGAAUUCUUAUGCAAAUAAGUAUGCUACAAGUGGCGGAUACUCAAGUGGUAAUAUUUAUAAGCCAAGUGCUUAUAUGUCUUCUCCUGUGAGGAAUUCAUAUAGCCCCUCUCGCUAUCAAAUGCCUGGGUAUGCUCCUCCUCCAUCCAUUCCAUCAAGGCUAGCUCAUAACCCAGCUGAUGACUACAACGUUGGUAAACUGAUAAAUGACAUUGAUAAUGUGCUUAAUAAUCCUAUUCCAAAACCACCACCUCCUGUGCCAAAUCUCAUGCCAAUGGAACAAACCUAUAAUACAUUUGAUAGAGCAUAUCCUCCUAGUUUCCGACCUGCUCAGGAAAUAAUUACCCAAGUAGAGCCUGAAAGAGGAUAUAUGCCUGAUUAUAAACCACCGUUAUACGGAAGAAGAACUAGUCUCCCAAGAAAUAACAGUUUCACCAGAGUUGAUGACUUCUAUAACCGGAGGCCUCCGACAGAGAGACAAAACAUAGUCCAACAAAUCCAAGCAAAUCCUAGAGGAAUAAGUCCUCUCCGGAGUGCUUACAAAGAAAGGAGUCCUCAUUUCGAAAGGCCAAGGUCUGCAGCUAGGCCUCCUCCAGCACCUGCUACUGAUUUUGAGAUUCAUGAUGCAGUGAAGACUCUAUUCAGAUAGUUUAGUUCAACCAAUUCCA